UGCUGGCUGAAGUCUUUAUAAGCUUCGAGUGCUGGGCAGAGAGAGAAAGUCUGAGAGACAAAAAAAGAAAAAAAGAGGCAGAGAAAGACCAAACCUAGAGAAAAUAAAUUACAUCCAGGUUAGGAGAGGCUCAGCUUUGCAGGUACCAUGAGAGGCCUCCUUCCCUGGGCCAUCCUGGCAGUCCUUGUGCUGGUGCACAGCUCCUGGGCAGUCUAUGUGCAGGAUGGAGACCUGAAAUUCCCCCUGGAAUCUGUGAGGAAGCUGAAGGAGCUCAUGAAUGAGAACAGGCCUGUCAGCCCUCGCUUGGCAGUGCCCGUGGCCAGCCAUGCUGUGUGCCGUGACAAAUCCCUCCCUGCAGAAUUCCAACCCCUGUGCAAGAGGGAAGAUGCCCACGAGAUUUUCCAGAGGCUGAGCCUGGCUGCCCAGGAUGACCUGUGCGAGAUCUGCGCCAACGCCGCCUGUGCCGGCUGCUUUUGAGGGAGGAACCCCCAAGAAGAGGUGUCCAGCUGGGAAGUUCGUUCAUUCCUGUGGCCAGAUCACGUCCUUUCACCGAUCAAUACCUCUCCCACCACAGCCCAAGCAAUGCUGUGGUGACAUCAGGUGCCACCAGCAGGGCAGUUCUGCCAACAAGGGGGCUGGGAGCUCACCCUGAGAGCCUCCAGAGCUGCUGGAGUUGGUUCACACUUCCAUGAAAACGUCCUGGGUUUCGUUUCUCACUGCUUUACCUGGAUUUGAACAUCCCCAGUUGAAAAUCAGUGGUCUUUUCAGGCUUUUUAGUAGCUGAUAUGUAAUAUCUGAUAUUUGAUGUCUAAUGCAUAAUAUCUGAUCCUUAGUAUCUGCCUGGUGAUUUGGCCUCCCCCUGCACACAGCACUGGGUUAUUAUCCCCUUUCCCAGCCCUUUCCCAGUGCCUUGGAUCACUCUCCUUGUCUGCAGGUGACACCUCUCUGUUUGUAACAGAACUGCAGGAAACAACUGGAUAAAUCCCUGCUGUUUUGCAACCUCCUCACAGUCAGAAAUCAGUCUGUUACUUGCACUAAUUGCUGUGUGUUCAGGGAUGUAGAGGAGCACAGGGACACUUCCCACCUGCUUGGAUAUCCAUGUUCUUUAAGUUCCCUUCACCAGAAAGGAAUUCAAACCUGCAGUGCUGGAAUGACUUGGAAAUGAAAGCACUGCCUUGUGGUUGUACUUGUUGGUGGCAAGACAGUGAAGGAAGGAUCUGCCCAUGUUUAUAACCUGUAUAUGAAAUAAAAGCUAGUAAUAAUUUGGA